UUUGGGUGGUUGUGGAUGAUUCCGGUGGAGCUCAGCCGCUCUACUUCCUAGAAUCAAACAUCAAAACUUUAGAAAGUUUAAACAGAUGGGGCAGGGGCUUAGUUGCAGAGUGCAAGAUGAGCAUGGGUUGUUCACAGCCGUACAGUUUGGGGAUUUGGAGCUUGUCAAGACUCUUCUGGAGAGAGAUCCGUCUCUCAUUCAACAAACUACGGUCUAUGAUCGUCAUUCUGCUCUUCACAUAGCUGCUGCCAAUGGCCAGAUCGAGAUUGUUUCUAUGCUUUUGGAAGAUCGAUCAGUAAAUCCCGAUUGUUUGAAUCGUCAUAAACAGACUCCAUUGAUGUUGGCUGCAAUGCAUGGGAAGAUCAAUUGUGUUGAAAAACUCAUUGAGGCUAGGGCUAAUAUUUUGAUGUUUGAUUCACUAAAUGGAAGAACAUGCUUGCACUAUGCUGCUUGUUACGGCCAUUCUGAUUGUCUCGAAAUGAUUCUUUCCGCUGCCCGAACCUCCCAUGUUGCUGCAUCUUGGGGAUUUUCUAGAUUUGUGAAUAUCAGAGAUGGCAAAGGGGCAACACCUUUGCAUUUGGCUGCCCGCCAAAGACGUCCACAAUGCGUACAUUUACUUCUAGACAGUGGGGCUCUUGUUUGCGCCUCCACCGGUGGCUACGGAUUACUUGGUAGUACACCGCUUCAUUUGGCUGCAAGAGGGGGUUCGAUGGAUUGCAUCAGAGAAUUAUUAGCAUGGGGUGCAGAUCGACUUCAGAGAGAUGCAUCUGGGAGAAUUCCGUAUUUGGUUGCUUUGAAGCAUAAGAACGAUGCGUGUGCAGCUUUGCUGAAUCCGUCGUCUGCAGAGCCUUUGGUCUGGCCAUCACCCUUAAAGUUCAUUAGUGAGCUUAAUCAAGAUGCCAAAGCUUUAUUAGAGCAGGCUUUAAUGGAAGCUAACAGGGAAAGGGAGAAAACGAUCUUAAAGGGUACAAGUUACUCGAUACCAUCUCCGUCACAUUCCAAUUCUGGAGCUAUAGAAGAUGAUAUCUCUGAGGCAAGUGAAACGGAGUUAUGUUGUAUAUGCUUUGACCAAAUAUGCACCAUUGAGGUUCAAGAUUGUGGCCACCAAAUGUGUGCUCAAUGCACACUAGCCUUGUGCUGCCACAACAAACCCAACCCAACAACCACAUCCCUUACCGCACCCGUCUGCCCCUUUUGCCGGAGCAACAUCGCCCAAUUGGUAGUCGCAAAAGUCAAAGUCAACUCCACUGAUCAAGAUCUCGACCUCUAUUCCUCUCCUAAGCUGCCAAAGUCGAGAAAGCCGCGAAAUUUCAGCGAAGGAAGCAGCAGUUUCAAGAGUCUAUCGGCUGUACCCUCAUUUGGCAAAAUGGUCGGCCGUGGCUCUGGGAGGGUCUCUGCUGACAACGAAUGCAUCGAUAAACCAUAAAAAUACCAAAAAUCUUGAAUUUCAACAUGUGGCAAGCAACAACUGGCUGAAGAAAGUCCGGGCCCAGUUGGGUAUUUAUGGAAAGAGGUAUUCUUUCUGCUCUUUAUGAAGAUCCCAGAAGGAAUAAGCAAAGCAAAAUGUGAUUUUUUGCAGAUUUGGGAUGCCAAGUAUUGUUUUUUUUUUAAUCUUUUUGUAAUCACUUCAUGUUCAAGAACCAGCAUAUGCCUCUUUAGUCUGACUUGUACCCCAUGCAUCAAGAGUUGUACACUACUUUUGGGAAAAGGGUUGGUCAGAUUUUCAAGCCACCUCAAAAGCAGAAAAUGGUGUGUGGUAAAUUGUACCCCACCUAGUUGUAGUUUUCUUGCUUGAUUGAGUAUGGAGUGCAGCAUUGUAUAAUGUAAAUCUUGGCCUUUCUUUCUUUCUUUAUUCUACUUUCAAGAAAAUGAUUGAAAAUUUAGU